GGCGCGUCGGCGGGCGGGGCUCCGCGCCCUGCCCUGGGCAGGCAAUAUAGCUGCUCGGCCGGGCGAGGCGCUGGCGCGUGGGGGCAGCGCGGCGGGAGGGGGCUGGGACUCAGAGAUCCGGUCGGCGGGCACCGGGGCGGCCUGGAGCAGGGCGAGCACCAUGAGCAGCAUUUGCGACGUGGUCGUGGUGGGGGGCGGCAUCUCAGGUAUGGCAGCAGCCAAACUUCUGCAUGACUCUGGCCUGAAUGUGGUUGUUCUGGAAGCUCGGGAGCGUGUGGGAGGCAGGACUUAUACCAUCAGGAACCAAAAGGUUAAAUAUGUGGACCUUGGAGGAUCUUAUGUUGGACCAACUCAGAAUCGUAUCUUAAGAUUAGCCAAAGAGCUAGAAUUGGAGACUUACAAAGUGAAUGAAGUAGAACAUCUGGUCCACCAUGUGAAGGGCAAAUCAUACCCCUUCAGGGGCCCAUUCCCACCUAUGUGGAAUCCAAUUGUCUGCCUUGAUCAUAACAACUUUUGGAGGACAAUGGAUGACAUGGGACGAGAGAUUCCCAGUGACGCUCCAUGGAAGGCGCCCCUUGCAGAAGAGUGGGACCACAUGACAAUGAAGGAGCUGCUGGACAAGAUCUGCUGGACUGAAUCUGUGAAGCAGUUUGCCUCUCUCUUUGUGAACCUGUGUGUCACUGCGGAGACCCAUGAGGUCUCCGCUCUCUGGUUCCUGUGGUAUGUGAAGCAGUGUGGGGGUACAACCAGGAUCAUCUCAACGACCAAUGGAGGGCAGGAGAGGAAAUUUGUGGGCGGAUCUGGUCAAGUAUGCGAGCGGAUAAUGGAACUUCUCGGGGACCGAGUGAAGCUGGAGAGGCCUGUGACCCACAUUGACCAGACGGGAGAAAAUGUCCUUGUGGAAACCCUAAACCAUGAAGUGUAUGAGGCUAAGUAUGUGAUUAGCGCUAUUCCUCCUGUUCUGGGCAUGAAGAUUCAUUUCAAUCCCCCUAUGCCAAUGUUGAGAAACCAGCUGAUUACUCGUGUGCCUUUGGGUUCAGUCAUUAAGUGUAUGGUUUAUUAUAAAGAGCCCUUCUGGAGGAAGAAGGAUUACUGUGGAACCAUGAUUAUCGAAGGAGAGGACACUCCAAUUGCCUACACGUUGGAUGAUACCAAACCCGAUGGCAGCUAUCCUGCCAUAAUGGGAUUUAUCCUUGCUCACAAAGCCAGGAAACUGGCACGUCUUACCAAAGAAGAAAGGUUGAAGAAACUCUGUGAGCUCUAUGCAACAGUUCUCGGCUCCCAAGAAGCUUUGCACCCGGUGCACUAUGAAGAGAAGAACUGGUGUGAGGAACAAUAUUCUGGAGGCUGCUACACGACCUACUUUCCCCCAGGGAUCAUGACUCAAUAUGGAAGGGUUCUACGCCAGCCAGUGGACAGGAUUUAUUUUGCAGGCACCGAGACUGCCACACACUGGAGUGGCUACAUGGAGGGGGCUGUGGAGGCUGGGGAGAGAGCAGCCCGAGAGAUCUUGCAUGCCAUGGGGAAGAUCCCAGAGGAUGAAAUCUGGCAGUCAGAACCAGAGUCUGUGGAUGUCCCCGCACGGCCAAUUACCAUGACCUUUUUGGAGAGACAUUUGCCCUCCGUGCCAGGCCUGCUGAGGCUGAUUGGAUUGACCACCAUCGCAACAGCAACUGCUCUUGGCUUCCUGGUCCAUAAAAGGGGGCUACUUGUGAGAUUCUAAAGAGAUGGCAUCUGUAAACGCACCCUCUUAUUACUCUACUCGGUGUAUAGGUUUGGGGAAGGGUUUGCAACAAAGUUCCACAAAGACAUGAAGAUUGUAGAAUGAGAUGGUGCCACUGAAGAGAAGUCAGACUUCCAACCACAGGAAACACAGUAGCUCUUUCUUGCUUAUCGCUCCUUACCUGGCACUUGCUUUUUAUCCCUUACCUGGCUUAGCACUCUGUUGUGCCCAUUUCCAAGUUUACUCCCCCUGGAAUCUUUAUGGUAGGUAAGCAGGCUUGUUUAAGGUCUUUGAUGUCCCACAACACACCUUGCUUAUGCACGGAAAACUAGUUUUUUCCCACCUCUGUGGCUUUGUGCUUGUCCUUCCUCUUACCUGUAUCAUCCUCAUCUUUCCAGUUCUCCGCAUUUGUCCUCAGAAUCCUGUACUGGCAUAGCUGGAAGGCCUUUGAGAUGGUCUAGUCCUCACCUUCUAUUUUAGAGUUGAGCAAAUUGAAUGAGCCACUGAUAUUUUGGGGACAAGAACACAGGUUCACUGCUUUUCCCAUUUCCCAGGAUGUAUGCUCCAAUCACCCUCCUCCACUCCCUGCCAAAGUUGCUGAUGGUGUCCCCUUCUGUCGCUUUAUUCUGUAUUAAGUUGUUAUGUCCUACUCAGAUGCUACUCAGUAUAUAUCCUUAAAUCUUAACUGUCUUGUGCAAUGUGAUUUUAAUUUUUUGAGAAUAAGAAUCUGGCCUUUUCUUCCUUUUGUAUCCUCCAUUAUAUCUGGAUACAAAGGUCAGGACACAUUUGGGCAAUUAAAAAUAAAGUUGAUUGACUAGA